UCUUAAAGCUCUCUCUCUCGGGCGCAGUCACUUUGAAUGAAGGACAGGAGGAGUCCCACACCCGACUGUAAUCUGAAGGACCUAUCAUUUCCCAAUCUCGUAUGAGUGGAUUUUUCUUCUUUCUUCGAAGCAUCUUUAUUUUCUGGGCUUUGUGAACUUGCUGCUUUGUGAGAAGAUUACUGUUUGUUUCACAAACCUUAAAUUUGUUUUCUGAAGAAGCUCUCUGGGUGGUUCCCCCCCCCCCACAGCCAUUGACCAUAUGUAAUCAGAGACUUUUUUUUUGUUCUGACCGUUGACCCCCACUGUGUGACUUGUGCGUGACACCUCUCCUCGCCGACGCGAUGAGCUCCACUUUGGUGAACUCGCUGGCGAAGGUGUACGACUCGAGGACGCUGCAGCAGAGGCGCAUGCCUGCCACCGCGGGGAAGCCCACGAAGUCGCCGGCCGAGGCGGAGAUGCCGCCCGACCCGGGCUUCGGCCUCAUCGAGACCCGGAUCGAGUCCCUGAGCGGCAAGCUGGACAAGCUGAUCCACAUCCAGGAGACGGUCCUCCGCAGGCUGGACGGCAUGUCUGAGGACAUAGGAGGCAUUGAGAGGGAGAUGGAGACGCUGAAGGUGGACAAGGAGGAGGUGCAGCAGCGGCACAGCCAGCAGCAGCAGGAGGUGGCGAGUGGCACUGCCGACGUCAAAGAGAUCUGCCAGGAGAUGACCAACAUCAUGUCUGCCGUGAACCAGCGGUCGGAGCAGCAGGCCAGGAAGCUGGAGGGCAUGGAGAGGCUGGUUAUCAGCAUCCAGCAGGUCAUCGGCUUCAUUGGGGAGACGGUCAAGAGCUCCAGGAUCACCGAGCUCAUUUUCAAAAAGCAGAGCACGCAGAAGGAGGGCACCCCACCCCCCGCCAAGCAGAAACCCACCAAGGACAAACCUGCCAAGGAAAAAACUUCCAAGGAGAAACCUGCCAAGGAAAAAACUUCCAAGGAGAAACCUGCCAAGGAAAAAACUUCCAAGGAGAAACCUGCCAAGGAAAAAACUUCCAAGGAGAAACCUGGCAAGGGGAAAUCUUCCAAGGAGAAACCUGGCAAGGGGAAAUCUUCCAAAGAGAAACUCCCUAAGGAAAAACCCAUCAAGGAGAAACCUGCCAAGGAGAAACCCACCAAAGACAAAAACACAGGCAAAAAGUUACAUAAGAGGCUGCCGUUUCUGGACAAGCUCAGAGACCACAAAGGGAAAGAUGGAAAGGACAAGGCCCGCUUGAGUUUGAAAGGGUUGAAGUCCCAGAAGAAGAAGAAGCCGCCGGACACAACAGACACCAUCUCCCUCAAGAAGCAGGCGCUGCUCCUGGAGGAAGUUCAGAAGCUCAACCAACAGAAUGCAGAGAAGUCAAGCCGGCUGCUCACCCCCGAAUCCCGGAGCCUGGAGGCCGGGGAGCGGGCAGAAGGGGCCGGCGACCUGCUGGACCUCAUCCUGGACGUCCCGCGGGCACCUGUGGCCGAGCAGGAGGAGAGCGACGUGUCCGAAGCAGAGGGGGAGGCCCCGGGCCCUGAACAGAUGGCCGCCACGCACGACAAAGAGAAGGAAGAGGAACCACAGGUUUUCACCGAACCCGAGUCUGAGGACGAAGAAAAGGAAAGGGAAGAGGAAGAGAGGCUGAAGGCCCCUGAGGAGGUCAAAGGCGAGGAGGAGGCAGAGGAGGAGGCAGAGGAGGAGGAGAGUAAGGAGACAGAGGGGUUUACUGUUGAAGGCCCCGCAGAGUCUGAGGUGACAGAGACAGAGCAGCCCCUCCCAGCUCACAGUGACAGGCCUAGUGAGGUCAGCGCACUCACCCUGGAGAGGUUUUUCGAUUCUGUUUUCUCGAGUUAUGGCGACGAGGAGGCCGGUGAGGCGGCCGCCCCGGGAAAGAGACGCGUCACGGAAGAGGACCUGCAGAAGGAGGACCACAAGAAGAGCCGGGUAGAGGAGGGAGAGGAGGAGGAGACAGAGCAGGAGGAAGAGGAGAAGCCCAAGGUCCAGGACGUUUCAGAGGGAGUGGAGGCGGAGGUGGGGAAACAGACAGAGGGUAGCGAACCGGGACCGGAGGAGUACAUCAUUGACUGCAGUCCUCCCCCACCUGCCCCUUUUGAUCACCGGAUAGUCUCAGCCAAACCCAACCAGAUCAAUAACUUCUACACCAUCAACAGGGAGGAGAUCCUGGGAGGAGGUCGUUUCGGCCAAGUUCAUAAAUGUGUUGAAAAUUCUUCAGGGCUCACCUUAGCUGCUAAGAUCAUCAAGGCAAGGAGUCCGAAAGAGAAGGAGAUUGUGAAGAAUGAGAUUCAGGUCAUGAACCAGCUGAACCAUGCCAAUCUGAUCCAGCUCUAUGCUGCCUACGAAUCCAGACAUGACAUCAUCCUCGUCAUGGAGUACGUGGAUGGAGGGGAGCUCUUCGACAGGAUCAUUGACGAGAACUACAACCUGACCGAGCUGGACACUGUCCUCUUCAUCCGGCAGAUCACAGAGGGCCUGCAGUACAUGCACCAGAUGUAUAUUCUACACUUAGACCUGAAGCCCGAGAACAUCUUAUGCGUGAGCAGGGCCACUAACAAGAUCAAAAUCAUCGACUUUGGGCUGGCCAGGAGGUAUAAGCCCAGGGAGAAGCUAAGGGUAAAUUUCGGCACGCCGGAGUUCCUGGCCCCCGAGGUUAUCAACUACGAAUUCGUCUCAUUUCCUACAGACAUGUGGAGUCUGGGAGUCAUUACCUACAUGCUACUCAGCGGCCUGUCUCCUUUCCUUGGUGAGGACGACAAUGAGACGCUGAACAACAUCUUGGCCUGCCAGUGGAGCUUUGAGGAGGAGGAGUUUGCAGACAUCUCAGAGGAAGCAAAGGAAUUCAUAUCUAGGCUCCUCGUCAAGAGCAAAAGCUGGAGGAUGAGCGCUGCCGAGGCCCUGAAACACCCCUGGCUCUCUGACCGCGGGCUCCACUACCGCCUCCACCAAAAGAAGAACAAGUGCCAUUCGACACGGGCGCCGCCUGCUGAGAGCUAAGCAGAAGGGGGCGACAACUUGACAGCUCUAUCGGCAGGCACCUGAACACAGGCUCCUCGCCGUGACACGGGCUGUGGCCAAACCGGACCAACGCUGCUGUACCUGUAUGAUUACUGAACGUUGCUCUCUGCCUCGCGGGUCCCCCCAGAGCUGGCUGUAAGGUGGCUACCCCACCCACCACCCCAAAUCACCACCAGCCUUCUUACACGUGACACGUCGCAGCGCAGGAUUGGCUGCACUCUCAGCAAGGAUGACCUAUCGGUGCCCUGCAGCAAUCAUCAAGUCCUGGAUUGAGUAUCUGCCAGGCACAUGACACAGAACCACACAAUAUAUACAAAUGUGAAUUAUUCAUUAGUGCUCUUUGGUAUUUGUGAUGAGUUUGUUACUAUCUCUCUGGACAGUGUCUUCAGGUUUAGCAACAUUGCAGACAGUGCCUUUGAAAGCCGAGCCAAGCAGAGACUCUAAAGGAGGAUCUCUAGCUUUACUGUAAAGGUCACUCACUUGCCGCCCAUGCUCCUAGGAGCACAAACCUCCCUUUUUUCAUCUUGAAUUCAAUAUCAAUCGAUCAAGUUUUAUUUGUCAUAGCUCAUUUUGAGAUAGUCGCAAAGCACUGUCCAUAGUGCAUUUUCCAGAGGGAAACAAAAAACAAAAAAACCCAGGCUAAUUAGGGGAAAAAACUGGAAAAUUAGUCCCUGAUCCCAGGAAAAUGAGGUUGAGAGAUUCCUGGAAAAUAAUCAUUGAAAAGAUAACAGUAUAAACUGCGAUCAUUGGAGCCCUAAAUUCAUCUCACCCCUUCUCUCUGUUCUUACGUGCCUACAUAUUUGCUGCAUUGAGAGGGCAUUCAGAGCUCAGUGCUGCCUGCAGGAGGCUGAGUUUCAGUAGGAGAGGUUUCAUACAGCCACGGUUAUGAAGUACUGUCAAAACUUUGAUCCCACACCCAGCACCAUGUGGCCACUUCAGCUGCUACAUCUCUUUCUGCUUGAUCUUCUUGAAAAUGGGUUCAAAUUACAAGUAAUCUGGUGCGUCCCGGCACAUGCCCCUGUUUUACUAAAGUUGACCCAAAUUUAGUCUUCAUUUCAUUUAAAUGGUUUAGAUGGGGUACAUGAAAUUUCAUCUUUUUUCUGCAUUUCAUGACUGGAAAUGCAUCAUUGAAAGUGCUAAGAUUAAAUUUGUUUCUCACCUUUUUUUUCAAUGUAAAUGGAAUUAAAUUUAUUUGA